GUACGACCAACGACGCUACCCGCUGCAGUGGAAAGGGAGAGUGGUAAGGGAAACGGGCUGCAGCGCAAGCAAGUCUGGUCAAGUUGCAGUGCACUUUCGGCGACGAUCAGUGUCAUGAGCGAGGGCACGUUUGCUGGUGACGAGAAAGCUAACAGGGACCCUAUUUGUUUGCUUGCCCCUCACCUGCACAGCAGCCUCCAAGAGCUAGCCGCCCUGCGGACCAGCGGGCAGCCUGUGCCCAGUGAAACAUGGAGCUCUGUGGAAGCCAUUGCCCAGAAGCUCGCUACCACUUGGGACGACGAUGUAGAAUGGGAGGCGGUGGCUGACCUCUUUCGCUUCUUGCGAAAUGCUUUUGCUGGUUCCCCCGGAAAUGCAGCCGCUGCAACCAGGAAUGAUGUGCUAAUGCAAAGUCUAAAGACUCUAGUGAAGGGCCUCUGUGAGCUUCAUGUCAAGGAUGCAUCCCAUGCUGAGUGUGUGGUUGGGCUUCGGUGCAGUUUACAGUGCUUGGGCAACCUUGUGUGUAGCCACCAGUCCAGUGAGGACCUCGUUUGGGAAUUGCUGAUGGCACAGGAAUCCAAAAUGUGCACUGCCCUUCUUAGAAGCCCUGACGUCAAGGUGCGGCAAUACUGCAGCAUGGUUUUGUACAACUGCCUUUCGCCAACACACGUGGAGAGUCUCUUAAAAUCGACUGGUUCUGUGGGCAUGAUAGAGAGCCUUGCAGACAUGCUGGCCAACACCGAGUCUGAAUGGAGCCUUUUCAUAUUGGAGAAGCUGCUUCAGCAUGAUGACUUGGUGACAGUCUUCCAAAAGUUGUCUGCUCGCUGCAGGUGUGUACUGCUGGAUAUUGCUGCUGACAACCUUAUAAAGAAACAGGGGGAAGAUGCACCAAUUCCAAUCUCCUUACCUUUCUUACAACAUGCUCAUAGUCAGCUGUUGGAGAGGGUAUGGACCAUGACAAAAUGCUUGGAGGCAGCAACUGCUGGUGACCCGGAGAUUUCAGAGAUUUGUAAGCUCUUGAAGGUCCUAUGUUUGGCCUCUGCAAAUGAGGAGUUCAAGGGUUUCUUUACUGAUGGAUCAGAGCUUCUUGCAACUGCAUUGGAGGUCUUGAAGAUGGUUCAUCUUCUUGGUAAAUCAAGCCAGAAUGCAUUUACACCUGCAAAACACUUGGAUGACUUCAGGGGUGUUGACGAGGGAACCUCGGAGUUGACUGGUCACCACAGCUUUGGCUUCAAGCGGGAUCUUGUUCAACUCAUUGGCAAUAUGUGUCAUCAGAACAGGAAACAUCAAGACAUGAUAAGAAACUUGGAUGGAAUUCCCGUCAUACUGGAUGUCUGUAAUUUGGAUGCCAAAAAUCCUUUCAUUAUACAGCAUGCCAGCCUGGCCAUCAGGAACCUCUUGGAAGCAAACCCAGAGAACCAGGCUGUUGUGGGAAGCCUGGUUCGGCAGGGUGUUGUCACUGAUUCCCCACUGAUAAAAGAAAUGGGUAUCCAGAUUGAAUAAAAGUAGUCAGAUGGCAGUCACUUCCAUGUAGAUCCAUAGUGUUUGUCUCCUUCAUAGCACAUUAUUCAUCCUGGUGGACAUAAGAAAUGCACUAACUGCCAUUAAUAGGUACCUUAGGUGAACAGUGCUUACAAAUGAACUCUUUAUCUUUAGGAGUCACAUUGCCACUAUUUCUUAAUAUGUGUCUGCAAACUGCACUCUAUAGCACCUAUUACAACUGCAACUUGUGAAAGUGUGUCCACAGACCCGGAAAUAGCACGUCACGAAAUACCUGUCUAUGAAGUGUUUGGCAAAUGGAUUGGUGUUUGACUUAAAAAUUUCUCUCUGAGAACCUUUAUUAUGUGCUUUGGUACAAUGCCAGUUGGAACACCCAGUGUAUUUCAUUGCAGAUCUUAAGGAUGGAUGUCUUGAAGACACAGUGGACUUCCGUUAAUUCAAUCCUGACGGAACCGGCAAAAUUUAUCUAAUUAUCCGGCAGGUUUAAAUAAACAAGAUGCUGAAAAAUGCCGAAACAAACCACUGAUUCAUUUAUCAGUAUUAACCCGAUUUUAACACGCCCCUAAUCAAACGCACGCCCACUUUCUAUGUGUCUAAAGUAGUGAACUAACGUAUAAAUUACAUAAAAGCUUUUAACAAAUGAUAAAUUCAACGCGCACCCGAUUUCUUAGCAAAAAAAAAGAAAAAUAGGCGAGGGUCUAAUAGGUGUUGCACAAUGGCGGCUGGUUUCCUAAAGUUAGCUUCGCCUCAAGGAUUUAAAGUCAGCUUCGCCUGAAUACACCAGUGUUAUGCGGUAAAGCGAAAAAAAGCUGUGAAGGCCAACCGCUUGCUUCGUAUCUCGUUGCACUGCGCAGGAAAUCUUCGGCCCAGUUUUCCUGAAAAUAAAAAUCGCACAUUAGAAUCGGGUAAAUACCGCAAUCACACAUGGUGAACUGCAGUUAUCGCUUGAAAAUCUUCCUCGGGUAGGCCAAAAGUAGGCGUUUUCAACGUGGGAUAUGACGUGUGUUCAAUGCAUUAAUUUUCCCCUAAGCUCAUCCGAGACAGACGCUGCCGCUAAAGGGGUCGCUAUUGGGGCCACCAUGGGCAUCAGGCGCUGUGUGCUGACUGGCCAAGUUCGGAUUAUCCUGCGAAGGUUAAUUUAGGAUCGAAAUAAGGAAAGUUUGAGCCCAUAGAAAUGCAUAGGCGCCGGCCAGGACCUACAAUCGAGAUCGCAUUAACCAGAGUCGAAUUAAUGGAAGUCUAAUGUAGUGGUUUUACAGGGUUUAUAGCAAAUGGAUAUUCUUAGGCAAUGGCUGACUUCAAUUCUGCAAUUAGAAUGUUUCCCUUAAGCUUAUCAAUUAAAAGAUUACUCAGUGAAUGUCUUAUGAUAUUGAGUUUAUCACUGAUUAUCAGACAAUUUCUAAUGUUCGUGACUGCCAUAAAUAAUGGAGUGAACACUGCAAUCAGGCUAGGUAGUACAAAUCCAUGGCUGUUGGCAGCACAGGAACUAACAGGAAGAAGCAAGGACAUGUUCGUGUUCCUCCUUCAUGUUGCAGUGUUCGUGUCAUGUCGUCUGUCCCUUGUGCUUCCGUCUGUUUUGUGCUGCCUAUAGCCAUGAACGCUUUGCUUAUGAAACAUAUCAUUUAUUUCAACUGCAAUGUGUUUAGGAAUGCAUGGCAUCCUUUGCACAUACACCAGCUGGUACACAUUUAAUGAUAAGAUUGAAUCCAUCAUGCUCUCUCUUAACCUGUUGUGCAUAACAUUGCCAUUUUAUAGCUGUCUUGCUGCAGACUUUGAAUGGGUGUGCUCCCCCCCUCCAGCUGCACCCUCACUUAAUAGCAUUUGAAACGUUCAAUUUGCAUGUGGCUACUUCGUUGCUGUCUAAAACGUGCAUGCUUCCUUCGUGGCCAUUUGACUGUUAAGAUGUUGCAAUUGGAAUAGAACCGUUACAUUUCUCGGCCCUGUGUAACCACUCUUUUUGUAAAGAGGGCUCCUUUGCGUGGUUGUACUGAGGCAAAGCCAGAGUUCAGUUUGCAAGAUGGUCGGGUUUUUCUCAGUACAUAUGCGCGCUGCAAGAAGCUACCUUUAGAUGAGGAUGCUAGAUGAGUGCUCAAAAGCGGCUUGAUUCUGUACAUGUUCUUCAGGCUACGGUAAUAUUUCUGAAAGAUCUAUGCGAUUUGCUUUCAAUAAUAACUGUGUGCUUCCUAUGCCGAAAACUAUAACUACGGCAAUAUUUCCACUAUGUUUUCUGCUACUUACUUUGGAAUUCGUUGGCACCUAACCUUAUGGAACCUUGCAUUACUGUAUUAACAUGUUUAAACAGAACCUUCACGCUUUUCUUCAACUUAUGUAAUUCUAUAUUUAUUAACUCACGUUGACAUGUUCUUAAUCCUUGUCAUUUUGACCACAGAUGCUGCACUGAAUAAAUAAUUGAAUUAGAUGUUAUAGGAGGUCCUCCCUUCAGUAUUUGACUAUAGGACCUCCUCCUGUAUAUAUAGCGUUGUUUGUUUUCGGGUAAAACCUGAUUUUACCCGAUUUUUACUCCCCAGACAUGUUUCAGGAGAAUCAGGUUAAACCCGAUUUCUCCCCUAAUCCCAAAACCACAUACCAACCUAUUUUUUUUUUACGCUGCACGGAGUUUAUGUUGCACAUGCGCUAGCUACCUUGCCUAGGCACAACGAAGUUAGAUCCUGCAGGCCAACCGCGCAAAAGCACGUCUAACUCUGAGUUAGUAAUUUACUGACAUUGUUGCACUGACAUUGUUGUGCCUAGCUAAUGGAAGCUGUCAUGUCGAGAGAACUUUCUCUCAGCUGAGAUACGUUUAAAGAUUGGAGAGGUCUCAGAUAGAGACGGACGGACAUGUUGCACAUGCUGUUUACAAUGUAUGUUAACAAGGAUGUGUAAAAAAUCGAUGACCACCUUUUCGUGAAUAAAAUGUUUUGUUUCCUUGAAGUUAUCAA